GGGGGACGGGGCCACAGAACAGCUUGCGUGGCCUCGCAGAUAAGGCGUGCGCCAUCAAUUCUUGGGCAGCUACCGACGGAGAGCACUCGGCGCUGUGGCUGUUCCGCAACGAGGACGCAGACCCGCAAAGUGCCGACGCAUCGGCCAUCGGCAUGCAAGGCGCCUCCCCUUUUUCAGCGGUGCUGGAUGCGCAUUGGAAAAAGCUGAUUGAUGCACAGCAGGCGAUGGUCCUUAUCCGCGACAUAGCGAAUCGGGGCAAUAAUUACGAUGUGGAUAGCCAGAAUGUAGUUCAUUUUGCUGUCACAGCAGGCUCCUUAUCAAAGCUUCCGGGAGGAGGUGGGUACGUGACUGCGAUUGUGCUCCAGUGGCUCCAAGAAUUGGACACGCUUCCUUCGGACUGUACAGAUAGCAGCCAGCGACGGAUUUUCCUCCGGCGCGUAAAGCUUUUGCUGGGACACUAUGAACGGCUAGCCCCUGUGCUUCAGAUUUUUGCGAGAGGGGGAGAGCUGCACUUGCUAAAUUUUUUCUUGGAUGCCAUUUUGCGCACACGAAUCAGCGGCGCCGACGAGGUUCUGGCGCACUUUCUGCUACAGGAAGGGCAGACAAAGCCGCAGGACAUGCUGUGGAUCUUCCGAGAACUUGCGGACACCUACUACAAACAAGUUUUCUCGCACCUGAUGCGCAAUAGUUUCAGUCGUCAGUACGUGCCAAUGUGACGCCUCCCCGACGGGCACUCAGCGUGGACCCUAUUCGAGUGCAUUCUAGAUGCCAUCGAGAACUGGGGCCAGGGAAGCGAUCAAACACGUGAGUCUGAAGCUGACGCCGUGACGGGUGCCCCUGAGAGAGAAAAUGGACAUUAUUAUUUAUUAUUAUCCCGGCGCUAUUCCAGAAAUCUUCAAGCUACGUCGGUGUCCUUGGUGCCCUGCGGAUUCACCGCAUUUUCAGGACCCGGAGGAGGAGCCACUGAGCGGCGAGGAGAUCACGGGCGUUCCGGACGCCUUCCAGACGCAUUGUAAAAAUAGCCACUCGAUCGCGGAGCCUGACCUUCAAUGCCGCAAUGCUCUGAUGGAGAGGAAUGAAGAGGACGAUGACGAAAGAGCUACGGCGCUCCGGGCGGAAAUCAUUGCGCGCCACCCUGGUAUCCUCAAGGAAAAAGCGAGGAAAGGCAAACCACCGGCGGGAAGGAGGCGCGCGGGGCACGUGCCGCAAAUAACCUGCGAGAUUUGCUGUGAGCAUUUUACGUCAAGCGCUGGCGCGAUGGAGCUGCACGCGCUUGCACAUACCCGCGGCGAUUAUGUCAAGUACGGGCAGAUUUGGCGGUAUGGCGACGAUGGCGAACGAAUUAAAACUAGUGAGUUCGUGCCGAGCGAACACAUCUGGGAUAGCAACCAGGGGCGAUAUUUUAUGGGCUCCAAUGCCUACGUGACCAGGUGCCACGUCCCCGAAGAUGCGUGCUAUAUGACGCGCAGCGGCAAGUUCGGAAUCAAGUGCAGGAAGUGCGGGACAUUCAAGAAGCAGCUGCAGGAGGAGGGCCAGCAAGUCAUCACGGAGUUCACCCGCUCGAUGAUGAAACAAGUUGACGACAUGCAGAAACACGAGAUGGCCUGUAAGGGAAAGAAGGAAGCAAUGCCACCCCAGCGAGCAGAUGCAGACGACCCGGCAAUUCCCCCGCCACCCAACAGUCUAUAG